CUGGAGAUCAGGGAGAGAGAGUAAGCAGUCGAGUGAAUGAGUGAGCUGAGGGACGGAAAGGAGGAGGCUGGAGAGAGAAUAACAGCAAGUGAGCUGAGAGCAGGCAGAUUACAGCUGGAUGCAGCCCAUACGCGUACGUACAACUGUCUCACAUAAUUUAUCUCUCUCAUGCAGCACUGCAAGAUCAUGAGGGGAGAUACUAUUUUCUUCCAUCUACAAACGGUAUGAAGAGAAGUAAAUUAAGAAGAAUAUAAAGAAACAGUGGGAAACAAAAGACAAGGGAACGACUGUAGGAAAGACAAUAAGAAGAACGCAACAAACUUCCCCUCUAAAGGAUUUUUCAAUUUGUUUGUGGCCCGAUUUUGAGGCUGUGAGUACCUGUCCUCGUCCUCUUGAAGAGCUCUUCAUAUCCUGACACCAUGUCACUGAGGGUUAGAUCAAGCAACAACAGCUCUGGCUGCCACCUCUGGGUGAUGCUACUCCCCCUGCUCUGCUCUCUGUUCCUGGCACGGGUCUCCACUCUGAGCACAGAGGACUCACAGUCCACCGCUGCCACGAUGCUGCCAGAGGACUGGACCAGCAGCACCACAGUCCCACUGCAACCAGACCUGCAGACUGUAGCUCAAACACCCACAGAGGAGCCAGCGGAGGCACCAACAGAAGAUCAGAUGGAGAUUCUGACAGAGCUGCAGACUCAGGUCUUCACCAACAACUAUACAGGUCUGUCCUGCGUCCCUGUCCUGCCCCCUCGUCGGGGUUCCUUCUAUGUGGAGAGUGGAACAGGCAUGUCGGUUGGCAGUGUGCUGGCCUUCUGGUGCAGAGAGGGAUACCAGCUGGUCGGCAGCGACAGAAUUUCCUGCCAUGUCAGAAGAGGCAAAGCGCAGUGGAGCAACUACCUCCCCGUCUGUGAAGCAAUCCCCAGACCAGAGGAUCGUGGACUGAGGGUGGCUGUCUUGGCAUCAGUUGUGAGUGGCAUCGUCAUUUUUGCCAUGUCCUUGUCCUUCCUUGUCUGCUGCCUGCAGGAGCGAUCUAGCCAGGACCGUGCCAAGAAAGAGUGCCGGAGCAGACGCAGAGAGAAGCGAUCCAGCCGCCGCAGUGAGUGUUGGCUGGAGACAGAAGAAGGAGAGUGGGAAGCUUUCCCUCCACCCAAGAUCUUCCACCUGUCUCAAAGAAUGAACCCCCGUCUGGCUCCCGACAGUCCACUCUACCUAACAGGAGGCCUCGGUGGCUAUGAGAACAGAGGAUAUCAAAGGAGUCAGGAGAGUCUGCUGAAGAGCUCUCUGCCCGGACUUUACCGUUCUGAGUCGCAGCUGUACCCACAUGUCGUUCUUCAGAGAGUCCCGACCCCGACUGCGCCCUCUCUUCCUUCUGCUCCAUCGGCUCCUCUGUAUCUCCACCUUCCCCCAUCUUCUUCAGCAGGCUCCUCCCCCGCCCACACCACUAACCAAAGCCAGCCACGGAUCAUAACACAGUACCCCACGCCAACAUAUCCACCCAACUCAGGUGUGCCUGCUUACCCCCACCCAACACCAGCUCCCAUUUACCCCAACCCUAAUCCUCCACCUCAGAGGCCGUGGCAGUAGCUUUGCCAUCCAUUUUCCUGUUCUUCAGGGUUUUCCAGCCGAAUAUACAGAAGCGCAAAGAAAGAAAAGGUCAGAGUCAUGUUCUGGAGAGGUCCCUUCAAUCUAUCUUAUCCCUGUUUUCUUCCACAGAAGUCUGAAAAUAGCUCGCUCCAAUGCAGACAUAAAGGACAUGCAGAGAACGACAAAACACUCCCUUUUACUGCAUAUUUGAUGCACUUCUCCAGUCGCUAGAACAAUUGAGUUUUUUUAGUUCUUCCUGAAUUGCUGCUGCAAUAUUUGCAUAAAUAGAAGGUCAUCAGAGAAAAUUCUGCUUUCUACAUGCUCUAUCAAGCCAGCGAACAAAGAACUUUGGGUUGGGUUACCGUUUGUGCACUAACCUCAUUCUUAAGAGAAACCUGCCAUAGUAGAUGUGUUUAGGCAGCUCUCGGCCAUUUAAUCUACCUUUUCUAGGUGUUGCUGAUCUAAUAAAGUUUUAACUGAAUGAAAUGAGUAUUGACUUAACCUCUGGAAGUAAAGGCCAUUUUGAGCAGAACUGUGAGCAUGUACAUGACUAGAGCUAUUUUUUUAUCAAAUUCUGUUACUUUUGGGACCUGACUGGCACAAACACCGACUGAAAUGCUGCUGUUGUUCCAGGCACAAAAACAAGUCAAUAUUGUACUGUUUGUAUGGAUUUUGAAAAAUAGAGAUGCUUCCCAACUGAUCUUCAACAACAAAACAGUUCUGUUUUUGUUUUCUCUUUGUGUUAUCUUACAAAAGUCUGUGGUCGAGCGUUUUGCUGACUAGAUAUUGUAGCAUUGUCCGACAAGGGCUACUGAUUUGCUUAGGUUCCACUACACAGAGCCUUCAGCGGGUCCUAUUGGACCAGGGUUUAAAGUGUAACUUUUAUGUUAAAGGAAUACUUGUUUUAAGUAAAUUUCUGGUUUUGUAUAAUUCAAGUUGUAUAAAAGAAUGCAAAUCUAUUGUUGAUGCAUUGUAAACUCACCUGAGCUUGUGUGUAAAGCUGCAACGAAACACUGUUCAAGUUUACACCAGCGAGACUUUUGGGGUGUUUACCAGCCAUUUGUCUGUUCUUCUGAGCAUAAGACGGUUCGGUUGAUUGGGAACGUCCAUGAACAGCAGUUUUCAACUCUUGCUACAAAUUCUCAGCUGGAUUUAGGUGUGCACUUUGACUUAACUGACCUAAGAAAUAAAAAUGCUUUGAUCUAAAUCAUUCCAUUGUAUCUCUGGGUGCGUUUUCAGAGUCAUUGUCCUGCUGGAAUGUGAAACUCCACCCAGUUUCAGGUCUUUAGCAGUCUCUUGUGCUUAGCUCCAUCCAUCUUUCCUUUAAAUGUGGCAGCUUCUCUGUCCCUGCAAAAUAAGGUCAUCCCACCAGCAUGGGGCUACUCAGACUGAUGUGCAGUAUUAGUUUUCUGCAGUCUAACCAGAGUAACUUAUUCAUCGUUUCCUGUCUGCCCUACACGUGCUGUGAAAAAGCCUUUCUUCUUGCCACUCCUCCAUAAAGUUCUGUUUGUGCCAUGCUGGCUCAUAAUCAUAUAGAUUUUCCCAACUUAGCUGUGGAUCUCUGCAACUCCUCCAAAGAUACCAAGGGCCUUUCGGCUGCUUCUAUGAUUGAUAUUUUUCUUACCUGGCCAAUCAGUUGCAAAAAAAUAAAACUCGGUUUGCUUGUUUCUAUACACGUGUGUUUAUGGUCUUCUGUUUCCAACAUUUU